AUGGAUGGGUGGCGCGCGCGCCUGUGGCGCGCCGGCUCCAGUACGACGUCUGAAGCCCACUACGAGCCUGCGCAUGUGCAGUAUCUUGUGCUUUUUUCGCCCAGGCUCACGGAGCAUCUCGACGCCGAGGACCCUGAACGCCUCGCUGGCCAGGUCCUCUACUACACCGACAUUGAGCAGGCCGUGUCGCAGGUUCAGACGAUGCGCCAGGUCGCGCUUGCGAAUGCGCUUAUCGAUUUUGCCACGUCAAUGCACCCUGCUGAGGACGCAAGCGGCGCAGAGCUGCGCACUCUCGCGGUGGGAACCACCGCACGCCGCCUGUACCUCCUCGAAGUCGUGCCGGACCUGUGGCUCCAUGCGUGCGUGGCACUCGCACAUGUGCACCAAGGCGACACGGUCGAGCACAAGCCCUGGUGCGACGAUACUUGGAUGCAGCAGCAGCUCCGGGACGCCUGGCAAGCGUGGCGUCAGCUGGAGCAUGGCGCACCACAUAUUCUCUGGCGUGAGCGGGGGCGCGAAGCUUUGGAACAGAGCCUUGAGCGCUUCUUCUCCAAGUGGGUGUGGCAGUGGGAUGUUGAGCGCCAGUGGGCGCCGGUGCUCCAGGCCUCGCGGCCCGCGAGCGUGCCAAGUGGCCUGCUCGCCGAGACAUGCGCGACACUCGAUGCGUGCCCGGACAUGAGCGAAGAUGAUCUCGUGCAAGCGCUCGCGUGGUUCGCGCGCACGAGUCAGCAGAGGUCGACGGAAGCGCCUGCCGAGAUGCUCCUUCUGUACGAUGACAGGGUGCUCUGGCCGCAGCCCCACGUGGCGCGCGAGGCGGGCCUGGAUGCACAGGCUCGGCGUCAAGUUGCGCGGUAUGUGCUGCGGCGCCUCGUGGGCCUUGAGACAGCUCGCCGCGAGGCAGCCACCGCGUUCGCCGCGCGCCCUCCGAGCGCGAAACCUCGGCCGCCGCCGCCCACCGAGAGCGAGCAGGCCGCACCCCAUGCGUGGAUCGACCUGCCAUUCAUGGGCGACGCGACGAGCAGCGCGCCUAUGUGGCUCGGUCUUGACGCUCUAUGGCCCAAGAGCCGGGCAGCGCGCGACGAGACGCGCGUCGCAGAGCCAGACGCGUCCUUGGCACCUGCACAGGGCACAUCGCGUGCGGCCCAUGCAUUCCACGCUCGGCUGGAGCACGCGCUGGGCGACGAGUCGGCGAGUCGCUCCGAGUCUCCCGGUCGGGAGACGGCGGAGUCGCAGCUGCACGAGAUUACGCACGCCUAUGCAACGAUGCAGGCUGCUGUGAGCGGGGGGCGUCGGCGUCGGCCAGCGCGGGAGGCAGCGGCAGCGCCUGCGCCCAAGGCGGAGCGCACGGAGCAGCGCGGCACGGCGUGGUACACGGCGAUGGACGCGGCGGAUCCGGUCCCACACGAUGUGCGCCUCGAUGGCUGGGGCGCCGAGACGCCCGUGCCGUGGCACCACGCGCAGCUGUACGUCGGGGGGCCGGAUAGGGUGCCGCUGACGGACGACGGCGCGAGUGACUGCGACGAUGCGGUGGAUGUGGUGUACACGACUCGGCAGCUGCUCACGGUGGUGCUAGUGUGGCCGCGUGGCGCCACGGACGCCACGGCGCGUGCCUCGUGGCUAGGGUCCAGCUGGGAGCUGCUGCGCCGUGUGCAGCGGUGCCUAAACGACAAGCAGCGCAAGGCGCAGGCGACACAGGCGCCCGAGACGGAGCCCGCUUCGUUUGUGCACAUCGAUACCCCCUCGGCGCUGUGCUGGCGGCAGCUGCCGGGCCCCAAGCUGUCGCCAGGCAUGGAAGCACAGCUACUUACAUCACAGGCGUGGCUCGCGCAGCAUGGUCUGACCGAAACGCUCGCGCGCGCUGAGAAUCGGUCGUUCUGGGUCGCGGCGCGCGCGGCGCGUAACAAUUCAUCGCACACGUUUUUGGUGCUACGGGGUGCGGCACAGCGAGUGUAUGGCAUAGCCGAGUGUGAUCACCAGAUGCGGCGCUUGGCCGCGCGAUAUAGCUCAUUUGGACUUUAG